AUGGAGGAAGAGCUUGCAAUGAUUGAGAAGAACAAGACUUGGCGACUUGUGGAUAAGUCUCAAGACAGAAAAAUCAUUGGUGUGAAGUGGACUCCUACUAGCCAUUCUUUGUUCAAAAAGUGGAGGAUCUUUCAAUUAGAUGUCAAGACCUUUUCUAAAUGGUUUUCUGCGGGAGGAGAUUUAUGUGGAGCGACCUCAAGGUUUUGCGAUAAAGGACAUGAAGAUAAAGUGUAUCUAUUAAAGAAAGCCCUGUAUGGCUUAAAACAGGCUCCAAGGGCUUGGUACAAUCGAGUUGAUGAUCAUCUGCAAGGCUUGGGUUUUAAAGAAAGUCUAAGUGAAUCAACUCUUUAUGUCAGGAAAUCAAAUUUUGAUAUUGUGAUUAUUUCACUGUAUGUGGAUGAUCUUCUUGUGCCAGGUAGCAAUCUUGAGUUAAUUGAGGAGUUUAAGAUAGAAAUGAAGAAAGAGUUUGAGAUGACAGACUUGGGAGAGAUGUCUUAUUUUCUUGGGAUUCAGAUUCAACAAUCCCAAAAUGCUGUGUUAAUUUGUCAAAAGAAAUAUGCAAAGGAAAUACUGAAAAAGUUCAAGAUGGAGGAGUGUAAAGCAAUGAACACGCCAAUGAAUCCAAAGGAAAAGCUGCUGAAAGAUGAUGGCUCAGACAAAGUAGAUGAAGGAAUCUACAAAAGUAUUAUUGGCUAUCUCAUGUAUCUCAUAGCUGCCAGACCAGAUAUUCUGCAAAGUGCGAGUGUGAUAUCUAGGUUCUUGAAUUGUGCAAGUGAAAUGCACAUGAAAGUAGCAAAAAGGGCGAUAAGGUAUGUGAAAGGAGCUUUGGAUUAUGGCAUUAAGUUUACAAAGUGUCAGAAUUUCAAGCUGCAGGGAUAUUCUGAUAGUGAUUGGGCAGGAUCAGCGGAUGAUAUGAAAAGCACUUCUGGAUAUUGCUUUAAUUUUGGUUCUGGUUGUUUUUCAUGGUGCUCAAAGAAGAAAGACAUUGUAGCACAAUCAACUGCCGAAGCAGAGUUUAUUGCUGCUACUGCAGCAGCGAACUAG